AUGACGCGCAAUGUGUGUGAGGCAUUUAAAAGCAUUGAGGAAUAUUUGCCUGAUGAUUUUUCUUUCGAGAAAAAUGAUAUAUAUACUGGAACAUACAAUGCUUAUUAUCAUACUAACAAGGAAACAGGGAAUGGAAAAUAUGAAACUACCGGCCAAACAGUUAGCAAUGCUACUGUAUUAUUAUUUAAUAAGUUGUUCACCGGAAAUAAAUAUAUAAAAUCUGAGGAUAAAAAUAACGAAUAUAUCACGUAUAUUAUUCUAUGGUUAAGUAAUAAAAUGAAACUAAUUAAAACAAUGAACUACGGAAGUGUAGCAGAUUUUUAUGUCGCGUUUAUAAGAGAUAGUGAAAAGUAUAAUGCAUAUAUUGAUAAAAUCAAUAAGAGCCAAAACAUAAUGAAUCUUAAAAUUUAUAGAAUACGUAAACUUUAUGAAUUACUUAACGAUCUGUGUAAUGCAAUUACUAAAUAUACCAAAGAUCCUUCAAUUUGCCGAAAUCCUUCAAAUUGCCCAGAUUUUUUUAAUUUUGUUAAUAAAUGGGAAAAAGAAUCCAAAUAUCUUAUUAAGAAAACACCUAAGGCUUCUGAUGAUAAGUAUUAUUGUGAUGUGUUGUUGACUUUAAAAAAUGCUUAUGAGAAAUAUAAACAAGAUAAUCGUAUCAAAAAUAAGCUUCCAGAAAUUGAAGAGAUAAAAGAAAUAUAUGAUUGUAAAAAAUUAUGUAAAGAUGCAACAUCAUCGAAAUUUUUAAGUGUGAAGCCCCGAGAUGUAUUGGAUGAAAAAAAUGGUUUAGAGAAAGGCAAAGAUAUCUUGAGAUAUACAGACUUUGUUAAAAAUACAUUUAAAACGUAUAGUUCAUUUUUUAGUGUUAUGUUAACUAAUAAUGACAAUAACUUAUAUAAAAAGGUGUCGCCAACCUUAAAAAAAUUUUACUGUAAAUUAAAAAAGUUUUCUGGUAUCACGGUUGAUAAUGUGAAUGAACCACUUAAAAAAAUAAUAGAAAAAUAUGAAUUAGAUAAUUGUACAUCUGAGGAAAAAGCCCCAGGAGGCGAACCACCAUCAGCUAAUGACCCAUCAUCAUCUCAAGAAGAUUUACCUCAAGAUAAUUCAUCUAAAGAUAAUCCAUCUCAAUCUUCAUUACCACCUUCAUUAACAUUAAGUUCUGAUAAAAAAACUAAUACACUGCAAUCGUCUUCAGAAUUAUCUAAAAAAACAAAUUCUAAUAAAGAAGAUCAAGGAGGAUUAAACAAACCAGUGCUAAGUCCAGUGAUUAAACUAAAAAAUCCAAUAUUCAAAGUAAAAAUAAAUGGAAUACCGGGAAUAUAUAAUAAUGUACUCAAAAAAUACAAACCAUUUGUAUUUUCAUUUAUAUUUCUUUUAAUUCCUAUUGCUUUAGUUAUUAUGUACAAGUAUUUGCCAUUUGGAUGGGGAAAGAAAUUGAAGAAAAAAAAAAAGAAGAAAAGGGCUAUAAAUAUGUUUGGUGUAAAUGAAACAGAAAAAAGAGUUAUAAACUCAACUGAUCGAAAGAAACAAGCGGAAAUGAUUAUAAAUUCAUCUACUCAAAAAAAGCAGGAUGAAAAGUUUAUAAAUUCAUAUACUCAAAAAAAGCAGGAUGAAAAGUUUAUAAAUUCAUAUACUCAAAAAAAGAAGGAUGAAGAGUUUAUAAAUUCAUAUACUCAAAAAAAGAAGGAUGAAAAGUUUAUAAAUUCAUAUACUCAAAAAAAGAAGGAUGAAAAGUUUAUAAAUUCAUAUACUCAAAAAAAGAAGGAUGAAGAGUUUAUAAAUUCAUAUACUCAAAAAAAGAAGGAUGAAAAGUUUAUAAAUUCAUAUACUCAAAAAAAGAAGGAUGAAAAGUUUAUAAAUUCAUCGAGUCAAAAAAAACAGGAUAAAAAGUUUAUAAAUUCAUCUACUCGAAAAAAAAAGAGUAAAAAGUUUAUAAACUCAACUGAUCGAAAAAAACAAGUGGAAAUAAUUAUAAAUUCAUCUACUCAAAAAAAACAGGAUAAAAAAUUUAUAAAUUCAUCUACUCAAAAAAAAAAGGAUAAAAAGUUUACAAAUUUAUCUACUCAAAAAAAACAGGAUAAAAAGCUUACAAAUUCAUCUACUCAAAAAAAACAGACUGAACAGAUUAUAAAUUCCAUAUAUUGGAAAAAAUAUCCAUUAUUAAAUAUAUAUAAACUUAUGAAAACUGAUCCUUUACCGUUUAUUAUUUUAUUUUUGUUGUUUAUUUUUUAUGUUUAUAAAAGAAAAUACAAUUCUUUAGAAUAA